CCUCUAUUCAACUCCCUCCUCCAUCGAUGAGUACGCGUCCUUCUAUGCGGUAGGGUUUAUCACACACCUGGGGUUUAACCAUUCUUUUCCACAACCCACAAAAAUGGCGUCUCCUCUGUCGUCAAUUCUCAGGGUUCGAUUCUCCUUCCCUACGACCAUUUUUCUUGGCAAGGUACGCCCCUCUCUCCCCUUCAUCUCAGUUCCCAAAACCCUAAUCCGAAACCCCUCUCUCCCCGCUAUCAGAAUCCUCUCAACCUCCGCGAUACCCGACGACUUCCAGAGGCCGAAUCCUCAGCCCUCGGCUCCUUCAUUCGAUUUCGAUCAGAACCCAGAGAAUCAGUGGGCCGCACGGAACAGCGGUUUCGGAAACCCAGUUAAUAACAGGAGCGGUAAUUUCCAGAAUCAGGGUUAUAAUAGUGGUUGUAGUAGUAGUGGAGUGAAUCAGGGUUUCCCGAAUCAAGGAAGUCUGACUUCGGGUCAAGGGUAUCCGCUACAGGGAGGUACAGGCCUUAGCAGCAAUUUCCCAAAUCAGGGUUUUCGGCAGAACCAGAAUUAUCCUCCUCCCCCAGGAAGUGUUAAUCAGUGGAGUAAUAAUCGAAAUCAAGGCUACGGGCAAAAACCGAAUCUGGAUAGGAAUUAUCCCCCGCAGGGAGCGUUUCAAAAUCAGGGUUAUCAGCACAACCCUAAUCAGAGCCAGAAUUAUCCACACGGAGGUGCGAAUCAAUGGAAGAAUGAUUAUAAUCAGAAUCUGAAUCUGACGCACCCACAACCAAACCAGAAUCAAAGGGGCUCAUAUGGGCAAGCUGCUGUAAAUAGUCAGAUUCAAAAUGGAAGUACGCAAGUGUCAAACGCAAGUCGGCCGGCUGAUAUUGUUGACUUACUGAGCUUGUGCAGAGCGGGUAAGGUUAAGGAAGUUAUCGAACACAUGGACCAGGGGAUUCGAGCAAAUGCUGAAUGUUUUAGCUUGCUUUUUGAGUUAUGUGGGAAUUCAAAGAAAUUUGAGGACGCCAAGAAAGCACACGACUACUUCUUGAGGUCGACUUUUAGGAGUGACCUACAACUGAAUAAUAGGGUGCUGGACAUGUACUCGAAGUGUGGAAGUAUGACUGACGCAAGAAGAGUUUUUGAUCACAUGCCUGAUAGGAAUAUGGAUUCUUGGCACUUGAUGAUUAAUGGGUAUGCAGCCAAUGGGCUAGGAGAUGAUGGUUUGGCAUUAUUUGAGCAGAUGAGGAAGUUGGGGUUACCACCAAAUGGAGAAACUUUUAUUGCUGUUUUAGAAGCUUGUGCUAGUGCUGAAGCAAUUGAAGAGGGAUUUUUACAUUUUGAGUCUAUGAAAACUGAUUAUGGGAUUUCUCCAGGUAUUGAACAUUAUUUGGGGCUUCUAGGUGUCCUUGGAAAGUCCGGGCAUCUUGUUGAGGCCGAGGCAUACAUUGAAGCCCUUCCAUUUGAACCCACAGCCGUUAUUUGGGAGGCAUUGAUGAACUAUGCACGUAUACAUGGAGAUAUUGAUCUUGAAGAUCGUGCGGAGGAAUUGAUGGUCAGUCUUGACCCUUCAAAGGCCGUUACCAACAAGAUCCCCACUCCUCCUCCUAAGAAGCAAUCUGGGAUUAACAUGCUCGUUGGGAGGAACAGGAUACCGGAGUUCCGUAACCCUACCCUCUACAAGGACGAUGAGAAGUUGAGGGCUGCAAAGAAAGAGCAAGUUUAUGUUCCCGACACCAGAUAUGUCCUCCAUGACAUUGAUCAGGAGGCGAAGGAACAAGCACUUCUUUACCACAGUGAGCGUCUUGCUAUUGCUUAUGGUCUAAUUAGUACUCCUGCAAGGACACCUCUGCGGAUCAUUAAAAACCUACGCGUCUGUGGCGAUUGUCACAAUGCUAUCAAGAUCAUGUCCAGAAUCGUUGGGAGGGAGUUAAUUGUCAGAGACAACAAGCGGUUUCAUCAUUUCAAGGAUGGUAAAUGCUCUUGUAAUGACUACUGGUAAAUUCCCAAUGGUUGAUUCUGGUGAUUUAUGGUUGGUUAUAAUGUCUCCAACAUGACAAGGGGCCUGUUCUUCUGAGGUGACUAGCAUGUCACCAUCUAGAUUGUCAUGAUUAGUGGGAAGAAUUUGCAUGCUGAUUGUAGAGAUGACAAAUUAUUCCAUCAUAAUGGAGAAUGUAACUUCCAUUUGUGGAGCUUGUUGGCAUAAUUAUCGAAGUUCUUAUUUUGUCU